GGCCAGAAGAAUGAAUAAAUCUGUCUUGGAAGAAGUGCAACCAGAGUGCUCCUUAGAAGCAAGGAUGCCGAGACUGUGUCUUACAUACUUUGGACAUGUUGUCAGGAGGCAUCAGUCUGGAGAAGGACAUCAUGCUUUGCAAAGUACAGGGUCAGCGCAAAAGAGGAGGACCUCAACGAGGUGGAUUGACACAGUGGCUGCAACAAUGGGCUCAAGCAUAACGACGAUUGUAAAGAUGGCGCAGGACCAGGCAGUGUUUUCGUUCUGUUGUGCAUAGGGUCGCUAUGAGUCAGAACCGACUCGACAGCCCCUAACAACAAUAACAAUUUUACUAAGGGACCCACAUUUUGGGAAUUUAUUUUGUGAAGAAUUGUUUUGUAGUAUGAAUGGCGCUUCCCUAACUUCUACAUUUUCUGUUCGGAUUUUUGUAACAUGCUCAAAGAAAUCUGUGACAUAUCCGUGAAACCCUAUGAGAGGUAGCAGGAAACACACGGUUGUCUUCCUGAUGUUGUGACAGAUUAGAAAGCCACCGUGGUGUCUUAAUUUAUUUAUUGUUACUGCAGCUGUUCCCUUCGGCAAGCUCAAGCUUUUUACACAUUCCGAUUUCAACAAAUGCUGGCUGAAGCUCCUAAUAUGGAAACCGUGAAUGAACAGCAAGUGCCAGUCGAAGUUCUAGUCACAGCUCCUGCUCAGGAACCCCUACCAGAGGCUCCGAAAGGAAGAAAAAGAAAACCAAGAACAACAGAACCAAAAAAGCCGGUGGAGCCCGAAAAACCUGCCGUACCAAAAAAAUCUGGCAAGUCCACAAAAUCAAAAGAAAAACAGGAAAAAAUUACAGAUACGUUUAAAGUGAAAAGGAAAGUAGACCGUUUUAAUGGUGUUUCAGAAGCUGAGCUUUUGACCAAGACUCUCCCUGAUAUUUUGACCUUCAAUCUGGAUAUCGUGAUUAUUGGCAUAAACCCAGGACUAAUGGCUGCUUACAAAGGGCAUCAUUACCCUGGACCUGGAAACCAUUUUUGGAAGUGUCUAUUUAUGUCAGGGCUGAGUGAGGUCCAACUGAGUCAUAUGGAUGACCACACUUUACCAGGGAAGUAUGGUAUUGGAUUUACCAAUAUGGUGGAAAGGACAACCCCAGGCAGCAAGGAUCUUUCCAGUAAAGAAUUUCGUGAAGGAGGACGUAUUCUAGUGCAGAAAUUACAGAAAUAUCAGCCACGAAUAGCGGUGUUUAAUGGAAAAUGUAUUUAUGAAAUUUUUAGUAAAGAAGUUUUUGGAGUAAAGGUUAAGAACUUAGAAUUUGGACUUCAACCACAUAAGAUCCCAGACACAGAAACUCUGUGCUAUGUUAUGCCGUCAUCCAGUGCAAGAUGUGCUCAGUUUCCUCGAGCCCAAGACAAAGUUCAUUACUACAUUAAACUGAAGGACUUAAGAGAUCAGUUGAAAGGCAUUGAACGAAACACAGACGUUCAGGAGGUGCGAUACACGUUUGACUUACAGCUUGCCCAAGAGGAUGCAAAGAAGAUGGCUGUUAAGGAAGAAAAAUACGAUCCGGGUUAUGAAGCAGCGUAUGGUGGUGCUUAUGUUGAAAAUCCAUGCAAUAGUGAACCUUGCAGCUUCUCUUCAAAUGGACUAGUAGCUGACAGUGCAGAAUUACAUGGAGAAUCAACUUUGAGUGACAUUCCAAACGGACAGUGGAUGACCCAGUUGUUUACAGACCAGAUUCCUUCCUUUAAUAAUCACUGUGGGAUGCAAGCCCAGGAAGAAGGAAACCAUGCUUAAGAAUGGUGCUUCUCAACUCUGCAUAAGUGCUGCAGUUUUAAUGCGGUGAUCAAGAAGUGAACCUCAGUUUGCUAACUGAAUUAUUUUACUAGUAUUCUACUCUAGUGGUAUAAUCAGAGUACAGAGAACAGUUCUGUGAUAGAAUCAACUGUAUGAACUAGGUAGUUUGGAAGGAAGAAGUAGGAUUUUUUUGUGUGUAUGAGUUUUUAUAUAUGACUUAACCAUCAUUCCAGUUUUUUAUAAACUGUAUUUCAUUUAUGAAGAAAUUGAUAUUCUUUUGCAAGUCACUUUUAAUCUGUAAUAUUUAAAUGCAACAGUCUGAAUAUUAAUAGUUGAUUUUUAACUUACUGUAUAUUAUACACCAUUAUUCCUUUUAUGCCUAAGGAGGGCAUGCCAAUAAUAAGGAUUAUCACUGGUGAAGAGGCAUAGGUGCUGGCUUUCAUAUAGGAAGCGAACCCUCAGUGGGGCCUCAUUUGGUAGUUUUUAGAGGUGUUUGAUGGUUCCCCGAGUCAUAUUCACACCUGGCCCUCUUUGCUUUACCAGUGGUGGGCAUCUGUGAGAGAUGCUUAGUAGUAGAAACUUGGAGUAUGGACUUGCAGCAGCAAAGCCAAACCAGCCUUACCUGGCAGAAUGUUGAGCCCUGGCCUUGGCCUCCACCCAUCUGUUAAUCCUCUAGUAGACAGAAACUAUUCUGCUGGGAUGGUAAGUUCCAGAGAAUGCAGUAGACCUUUUAAAUUUUGUCCCUUAAGAGAAGAAACUGAACUUCUCUCUCAGCGUCUACCCCUGAUUCUGAUAUCGCCCCCCUUAGCUUUGUGGCCAUGACGUGGGAAGUGGUAAGAAAUGAACUUUCAAGCUGAUAAGGUGCAGGAGGUGUUUGAUCAUCUUAUUUAAACUGGUGCUUUAUGUACAUGGAAUGUACAUAAAAUACAUAAUACAGAAUUUUUCUCGCUAGGUAGAUAUCAUAAGCCAGUAAUUUAAAGAAUCCUUUCUCUCCAUCAUGGCUGUUUAUUACUGUGGACUAAGUGAACCUCAUGGAUAGGUUAAUCAGAAUUACAUACUUUGUGAUUUUCCAAUGCCUUUUUCCUUGGUGCUACAGAUGGUCCACAGCUACUAGGUCUGGUGGAUAUUAAAACUGGAUAUUCAGGUGCCGUUUGCAUUCACCCCGAUCAACCUGAAUAUUCUGAUUUCAGACAUAUCCGGGGAGCAUGCUGUUUUUUCAAUAUGAAAUAUUUAUGAGGGUCCUCCCCCCACCCCCAGGAAAUUAUAAGGCCUUGUUCUUUCUCUUUAUAAUAAGAGAAACAAAUUCUUGUUGUGAAUCUAAAUAUGUUUUUUAGCUGUGGUUGUGAUAGAACUUUUUUCCUUAAGUCUAGAUCAGGCCGUGUAAAGGUCUUAUUCAUGUUAUUUAAAUGAUGUACUGUACUGCUGUUUACAUGGACAUUGUGUGGGCGCUUUGAAGUGCCUUGCAUCAGGGAUUAGGAGCAAUGGAAUUAUUUUUUCAUGGGACUAUGUAAAGCAUGUAACUAGGUUUUGCUUUGGUGUAUAACUAUUGUAGCUUUGCAAUAGUUUUUUUAUUAUUAUUAUUUAAGUGGAGAAAAUACCCUUUAAAUUAUGACAGGCACUCAAUAGAGAAUGGGUUUAAGGGUUUUCCAAGCAUACAUACGAUGAUGGUGGUGUUUUUCAUUAAACAAUACAGAUGAGUAGUAAAUGUUGACUUACCAUGUACAUGAAGUAUGAGAAUUUUUCACUAAAUAAUAUUGAAAAGGUUUUCAAAUUCAUUUGAAAAUCUGAUGGUUUUUACAAUAAAGAAUAUUAUGAAUGGUUA